AUGGACGAGGACCAGGAAAUUUUGUUUAUCAUUCCCCCAGAGUUUCAGGAGCUGGCGCGAAAGGCCGUGCGCGCUUUUUAUGGGAACGAACCCACCUGCGUCGUGUUGCUGGACCUGAUCAUCGCCCAGGGAGGCUGCGUCAAGGAUGCCGUCCUUGAGGAGCUCACUCAGUUGGAGCGGAGCACCAUCAAAGGGCCCCUCUCCAAGCUCCGCCAGGACCACAUGCUGCAGGAGCAUGCAAUGACAGAUCCCUUUGCGCCACUGGACGCGCGCUCACGCAAGGCCACCUACUGGUUCAUCAAUUACCCACCUCUUAUCAAUGCCCUCAAGUACAAGCUUCUCCGCCUCCGCCACAUGCUGGACGAAGAAGCCAAGCAGGCGCGGUUUCAAAGCAACUACGUUUGUCCAAAGUGCAGUCGCUCGUACACGGACAUGGACUAUGCCGAAAUCCUGGUUGUCGACAAAUUUGUGUGUCCCCAAUGUCGACUUGAGUUGGAAGAUCGUGCAGAUCAGAGCAAGGCCGACCGCGUCAAUCAGCUCAUGAGCCGGCUUAGUGAGCAGACAGUGGAAUUUCAGAAGCUACUGCAAUACGCCGAUACCAAGAUGGUGUCGGAGAAGCUGACCUAUCCCAAAGUGUUUCGGAACCCGCUUGAGGAGCGGCAUCAGCACAUGCACAAAGCUCGGUCCACACGCAUUCGUGCUGAGCGUCAUGUGAGCCAGCGGAAGCGGCCCAAUCAAGAGUACAACGAGGAUAAGAGUGUGGUCUCGUUUGUCAACGAUACUGAGGCCCGGGAGCAGCGUAAAGCCCAACCCUUGCAUCUGCAACAGAACACGGUUCUUUUGACGGAGGAGGAGGCUUCUGCAGAGAUGAGCAAGCGAGCCAAACUGCAGAACGACUCGAGCGACAAGGCGGGAGCAGCGUCGACAAAUCAAAGCGCGGGGGUCUCAGCCAUGCUCGCGCGCCUGCAGGCGCAAGAGGAGCAGCACAAUCCCAGUGAUGAGCUCGACGGGGAUGAGAGUGAUUUUGAGGGCGAGGAUGACGAUGAAGACGAUGAGUUUGAGGAUGCCGUUUACGAGGAGAAGCGUACGAUGAUGAUUGAUGGUCAAGAAGUUGACAUUGAUGACGUGACUGAUGAGAUGGUGGCCGAGUUUGAUGCAGAACAGAUUGAGAUUUACAACGAAUUGUUCAAGGGCGAUGCAUGA